AUGGCGGCUUAUGGAGCUCUGCUUUCUCUUAUGCAUAUCAUAGAUCGCCUUGAAAAACAUCCUUCCCCUCCAAUUUCUAUCCACAAACAGCAAGUUGAAUCUCUCACUGAAAACGUUACCUUCUUGCGGGAUUUUCUUGAUGCUUAUAUUUCUCCAGUUGUCGAUGACCAUGAGGCAGAUCCAUUGGAGCGUCGCAUUGCUGAUGCAGUUUAUGCAGCUGAGGAUGUCAUCGAAUCCCAAAUUGUGCUUCAAAUUCAUAACCGAUCCACAAUUGCUGGGAAGAUGAUGAGUUUUAUCAACUUGUUUCGAGCUCUGUGUAAAUGCGCAACUAUUGAGGAGGACUUCUAUCAGGAUCUGCAACAAGUGAUAGAAGAAAUGAAUUUGAUCAAGAUGGAAGCCAUGGAGAUUGCAGCCACAGCUCAACUGCAGAGAAAGGUCUCCUCAACUCAUGCUGGCUCCUCAUCCACCGUGAAGGAAAGCAUAAUGGUGGGCUUCGACGACGUGUUACUUCAAGUGCUGGAUAAGCUCACCGGAGGCCAACUGAGUCGCCAAAUCAUCCCAAUUAUGGGGAUGGGCGGCAUUGGUAAGACCACUCUUGCGCGACAUGUAUUUGAGCAUGCGCUUGUUAAAGAGCAUUUUGAUAUUUGUGCAUGGACUACAAUUUCUCAAACUUAUAAUGUGAGAGAAACACUUAGCGAAGUUCUUUUCCAAGCAAGUGGGGAUUGGGGUAGUAAUCUGAGUGGGGGCGAAUUGGGAUUACAACUAUUCCAGUACUUAUCGGGUAGAAGGUAUCUCAUAAUUAUGGAUGAUAUGUGGAGUAUUGAAGUGUGGGAUAAGAUCAAGUUUUUCUUUCCUGAUUAUAAUGAUGGGAGUCGAAUAAUCAUAACAACAAGGAUGUCAAACUUGAAUUUGGAGUUGGGUGGGUCUUAUGGCAUUGGAAUGAAAUUUCUAGACGAGGCCAGUAGUUGGCAUUUGUUAUGUAAGACUGUGUUUGGGGGAGAAAGUUUUCCACCUGAGUUGGAGGACAUUGGAAAGAAUAUAGUAGCAAAUUGUAAAGGGCUUCCUUUAUCAAUUGCUACAAUUGGAGGUCUUCUGGCAAAAUCUGAGCGCACGAGAGAAUAUUGGGGGCAUAUUGAGCAAAAUUUAAGCUCUAUUGUGAUUAUCAAUAAUGAUGAAUUUUGCUUGAAAAUAUUGCGCAUGAGCUAUACCUAUUUGCCCAACUAUUUGAAGCCAUGCUUUUUGUAUAUGGGUAUUUUUGAGGAAGAUUGUUCAAUUCGUGUCUCAAUGCUGAAGAAGCUAUGGGUUUCAGAAGGAUUUUUAAAACCCGUGAGUGGAAAAUGUUUGGAAACAAUAGCAGAUGAGUACUUGAAGGAGUUGGUAGAUAGAAAUCUGAUUUUAGCUGAUGAGUUGGGGUUGAGUGGAAAUGUAAAGUUUUGUAAGAUUCAUGAUUUGUUGAGGGACGUGUGCUUGAAAGAAGUUGAAAAAGAGAGGUUUUAUCAUAUCAUAGAAAAGUCUCCUUCUGUCAUAGACAACUUUGAAAGGCCUCACAAUUUUAGAUUGUUGAGAACACUCAAAUAUAGAGAUACACAUCGACCAGCUUAUGCUACGGGGCGUGGUGCUCAUUUCCUAGCCGAUGUUUUUCAAUUGGUGAACUCACGGCAUCUUGCUGUUAGAGUUCAUAGGAAUUCCAAAUUCCCGUCUUCCAUCAAUUUGCUUUGGAAUCUGUAUACGUUAAUAGUUGAUCAGUCUUCACUCGGUAAGUCUUGGGAUUUGAAUAGAUGCAGUAUUAUUGAUCAUCGUUGGCAUGAUCUUAUGGCACCGAUUGAAAUUUGGAAAUUGCAUCAACUUAAGCAUCUCGAGUUUAUGGGAGAAGGAUUGAUUCUCCCAGAUCCUCCGAGUGAUGAUAUCGUUAUCAUGGAGAAUCUGAAAACGCUCAGAGGAGCAAAGAAUUUGUAUUUGAAUGAGGAGGUGGUUAAACGAAUUCCCAAUGUCAGGAAAUUGCAUCUAAUUUACAGAUCCAAAGAAAUGGAGAGUUUGAGUGAAUUGAAACAAAUGGAGAUAGCAAACUGUUUCAGCUAUCUUGAGUGUCUGAGUAAAUUGGAAAACUUGCACUGCCGCAUCGAUUAUGGAUAUGUUGAGUAUUUUCAGAGGAUUGGUUUCCCACACUCCCUCAAGAAGUUGAAGUUAUCUCUCUUUUCCUCUUACCAUCUAGAGUUGGUAGAGAUACUGCAAAAGAUAGGGUGGUUGCCUCUCCUUGAGAAGUUAGUAAUCGAAUUUGGUACGUUCAAAACAGGCAAGUGGGACACUAUCGAGGGCCAAUUCCAGAGCCUCAAGCUGCUACAAUUGAACUCGUGUCACGGUCUAGAAGAUUGGACGAUGGCCGAGAGCUCCCAUUUUCCAGUUCUGCAGGAGCUUCGUCUCCGAGGUUUGGAAAAAUUGGAGGAGAUCCCUUCGGAAGUUGGAGAGAUACCAACGCUGAAAUUAAUAUCUUUGGAAUAUUGCAGUGAAUCAGCGGUAGAGUCAGCUGCAAAGAUAGUAGAAGAACAAGAGGAUUUAUGUGGAGACCAACUUGAGCUUCGUGUUCGAGCUAUAGUUCGAAAUGGAGACGAAAGACUGCUGAGCUUGGCAAGUCCCAACUUUGAAGUUACAGUGAGAAGGCCAUUAGAAGCAUUCAGCAUCCAAGAUUGUUGUGCAUUUACACAGAGCUCGAAACAAGUUGAUAAAACUGGACAUCUUCCCACGAAUUGUGGAUCGGUUAUGAAUUUGAAGCGCAAUUUGGGAUUCGAUGACAUCCUCAGCUGCAUAAACUGCAUCAGCAAUGCGACGCUCCAAUGGAUCCGCUUCAUGGUCAUCCACAACUGGGGCAAUAUAAGCAUCAAGAAAACUCAACAAAGUGAUGCAUUAAAGAAAGCUGAAGAGGGAAAAGAGGAGAUGUUCAAAAAGCUCUUCUUGGCAAGACAAAAAGCAUUUGAAAUCGUUAUUCUCUGUAGUCAAUAG